CACGGGGCUUCCCGGAUAGGAGCUCUCCACUUCCCAGCGCCUGUUGGGGCCGCUGUGGUAGCCACGGCAGUGUCCCCGGGCUCCGCCGACCUGCCCCGCACCCUCAGUCCUGCUCGCGGAGUCUCAGCCGCACCUCUGGGUCUCCUUCCAGGACAAUGAAUCGCUCUACCCGGGACUCGUCCCGGGGCCCCUGGCAGGCGGGAAAGCUCUAUGCAGUUAAUUCCCUGAACGACUUGAACAAACUCACGCUUUGCCCGACAGGAUCGCAGCAACUGCUACCCCCCGAAGACAAGACGAGGGGGAGCAGCCCAAACUUGGGGACCUGGGGGGCUAUCCAGAGGCGAAGCUCAUUCCUCAUUGGGCUGAUCCUUGCCCUGAUCGUCAGCCUGGUCCUGGUCUCCUUUGUCAUCUUCCUGAUUGUUCAAACAGGAAACAGGAUGGAGGAAGUAUCCAGAAGGCUGGCGGCCGAAGGGAAGGACAUCGAGGAGCUGAAGAAGAUGAACAGCCUAAUCCUGAAGCGCCUGGCCCAGACGGGCCUUGAAGACCAGUAGCCCAGAAGCUGUGGGCUGCAGUGGCUGGGGACCCCGGUGAUCUUGGAGCUCUCUCUGCCCGGCGGGAGGGUGCUGGGCCCCAGGUUGGGGCACCAGGGAGAACAGAGCCUUUGGGCGGUGUAAAAUAAGUUUCUUCCCCUCUUCCAGCCACGCUGGUCUCAGGCCUCAUAGAUUCUGGAUGAACAGCUACCCAGAGCUGACCGGGACAAUCUUCUACAAGGGGUCGGUGCAGCUGGUCUCGUUUUGCUGUACACACAUAAACACACACAUAGCCACAUAUGCGAAACCCAUACACACAGACACACUCACCCAGUAUUUCAUAACUUGCAUUUUCACUCUCCAUUUUGGGGAAAACGCUGUGAGAAAAUUAGGCAACGUUUUUCCAACAUGGGCAUCUAUCUGGGUAGAAACUGAUGCGACGUCAGAAGAAAUGGUUGCGCUCAGGUAAAUGGGGUUGGUCAAGGUAUUCGCAGGUGGUGUUUUCCUUAACUUGGAGUUUGUCAAGAGCACAGUCUCUGCAAGACAAGAGAACCCCCCAACACCUCCCCAACACACACACACCUCAGUGUGGUAUGGAGAGGGGUUGGCACAGAAACGGAGCACUUCCCCAGAUAGAGAAGUUGGAUUUCAGCCUGUCAUUUCCCUUGAACAGGGCUGCUUGCUUCAUUGGUGAUGUCCAAGACGCCGGGUUCUUUGGCAGUUGGGGUGCAUGGAGCCCCUGAGGAGCUCCGAUCGUCUCCUCUGAUGGCU